AUGUCAUUUCUAGGCCACAUAGUAACCAAGGACGGAGUACCAGUGGACCCAGUUAAGGUUGAGGCUGUCAAGGAUUGGCCAAAACCAAAGAAUGCCACUGAUGUAAGAAGUUUUCUUGGUCUAGCCGGCUAUUACAGGAGAUUCGUGGAAGGAUUCUCCAAAUUGGCAAUGCCACUAACAAACCUUACUCGCAAACAACAGAAGUUUGUGUGGUCUGAUAAAUGCGAACAAAGUUUUCAAGAGUUAAAGAAGAGAUUAAUUACUGCUCCAGUGUUGUGUGUACCCAAAAGUGACAAAAAGAGUAAAGAAAAGCAAACACUGGAUGACAAUCUGGUUAAACAAGAAGCCUUGUCACAAGAAGAGAAUAGUGGGAACUUCACAAUGUCGGAAUGCCAGAUAUUAAAGUACAAGAGUAGGGUUUGUGUGCCUAGUGACCGAGUGGUCAAGGAUAAGAUUCUUUAA